AUGAUCGAGGAACUCGACUACGCAUUCCUCACGCUGCAAAUCACCAAGAAGCCAGCGUUUUCGACCAAAGCUGAUCUUGAGGCGAGAGCAGCCGAGUGUCCAGAGGAGUGGUGUCACACGAACGAAACCGUUAAGGCCAUGGGCCAGUCGACCAGUCGCGCUUCGCAUAAGCGACAUACGUCCCAACUAUCCCUUCUACUUGAUCUUGAGUACUGCGUUGUGACAACGGCAAUGGGGAUCCUUGACCUGAUCCGGUUCGCCGAUUCCAAGGUCGAAGAUGGCACCAUAAGGAAAAGACGGCUUUUAUCCCCGACCGCAAAGCAGUGGAAGAAGUGGGCAAGGGCAAUCAUCAGCCGGGAAGAUAGCAAUCUGGAUUACACGGCAUACAGCUACCGAAGCGAUCCCCCGACAAGAACCUUCGGGGGCAAGCUGAAGAUCUCCGACACCGAGAGCGAGCAGGUCGUCGACACCAAGUUUGAGGACGUGCCCAAGAAGUAG